UUCUUUUAGCACUCAAAGAAGACACGAAGGGCAUAUAAAACUUCUCAGAUCGACGUACACAACUGUCGAUCGCGGUUGAUUUGCACCUCCGAUAACAUAUCUCUCACUCUAAAAAUGGCAAAAACAGCUCAUCAUCUUCUUCAAAGCCUAACGUUCCUUUAUUUUUUCUCUAGUUUCUUCAUGCUUGCUCAUACCAGCUCCUUGAACUCUUUCGUCUAUGGUGGCUGCUCACAGAUAAAGUACUCACCAGACUCACCAUAUGACUCGAACCUCAACUCUCUCCUCACUUCCCUAGUGAACUCAGCCACUUACUCCUCCUACAACAAGUACACUGUCAUGGGGUCAAGCCCACAGGACAUAGUAUACGGCCUGUACCAAUGUCGAGGUGACUUAGCCAUGCCUGAUUGCGCCACCUGCGUGGCUCAAGCAGUGACUCGACUCGGCCCAUUGUGCUCGCAAACAUGCGGUGGAUCCAUACAGUUGGAAGGGUGCUUUGUGAAAUAUGACAAUGCUACGUUCAUAGGGGUGGAGGACAAGACUGCUGUGAUGAAGAAAUGUGGACCGUCCGAUGGUUUUAAUGAUGAUGAAAUGAGCCGCCGUGAUGCGGUGCUAGCAGGCUUGAAUGAAGGAGGUGGGACCUACAGGGUGGGUGGGGCCGAGGAUGUUCAGGGGGUGGCGCAAUGUGUGGGGGAUUUGAGUAUGGACCAGUGCCAGGAUUGUUUGACGGAGGCGAUUAGGCGGCUGAAAGGUGAGUGCGGUGGCGCGGUUUUUGGGGACAUGUUUUUGGCCAAGUGCUAUGCUAGGUACUCAACCAGUGGAGCUCAUGUUUAUGCAAGAUCCAACCAUGAUUCGUCCAACUAUGAAGGCGAGAAAACAUUUGCUAUAAUAAUUGGACUGUUAGCUGGGAUGGCUUUAUUCAUCAUCUUCUUGGUAUUCAUUAGAAGGCUCUUUGUGGGAAAUGGUAAAUGAAAUAACAAAAUCUUCAAGAAAUUUCUAGCUAGGAUUUGCUACUUUUGAUAACCUUUUUUGCUUGCCAUAUUUUCAUGGUGGACAUCAACUUGCCUUUCCAUCUUUGCCUAUCUUUUCUGCAAAAAAAUUAUUUGGAUUUGUAUUCAAAAGGAUGCUUUUUGAAAAAGAUGUGAGCUAGGAGAAUGGACGCCAAUACAAAACUUAAAAAAGAGAAGGGAAAGAGGAAGCUACUAAGAUUCCACCCAUCUCCACUUUAUUUUGUCUAAUGUGAAGAAAUGGUCUAUUCUUUUUGUAAAGGCAUGCAUUUAUAAUAUUUAAAUGAUGCAAAGAUACA